GAUGCAGACCAUCGGUUAUCGUUUUGAAGAUCAUCUCCUCUGUAGACAUAAUUUUUUUUUUAUACUAAACACAUUAGAUAUUAUUAUAUCAAAUAUACGAAAAUGAUUUGAAAACGUUACCCGCAGAAAUCAAAACGGUCGCGUCAAAAUAUGAAGUGCUUAUUGUGUAAAGUUCGAGUGUUCGAGCAAAUAUUAUAGGUCUGUGUAAAAAACGCGGUUUUAGAUAUGCCACCGCGUGGGCGGGGUAAGAUAUCACAGGCACCUGUUAUUAAUAUAGCGUGUUGUUUAUUUAUCCGCUGGGUGGACCGAAAAAAAUGCAUGUCCUUGAGGAAUGCGACUAUGUGCCCGGGUUUUCGACGGUAUUAUUAUUUUUUUUUCCAUUCCUCCUCGUUCCACCUGUAAUUAUAGCAGUAUUGUUACACCGCGUCGGCGGGAUACGAUUGAGUAAAACAUUAUACCUACACAUCACUACUAUACACUCGCACCGCACACGUUUUUACGUAUAUCGUACACGGAUUUGGGAACAAACGGAGAAUUAGUUCGUUCAACAUCGCUGCCACUUAACGAAAAAUCCACGAUACGGAAUUUUUUAGCCUCUCGUUUUUUAAUUAUAGUUUUUUUCUUUUAUUUUCCAUAACAAGGGAGAGACCCGGCCCGGUCUAUACUAAAAAUACGAUAGGCAGUACCUAUUACCACGGAUACCUACAUAUACCUAAUAAAAAAAUAUUGUCCCUCAAGGCGCGCGCGUACGACCGCACAUGACACAUAACGCGGCGUGUUGUGUGAUAAUGUAUGUAAUUACGGGCGGGGACGGAUCGACGAGCUACUCCUUCUCAACAUUCAUUUAACAAUGUUUAUACAACAUUCUUCGGAACGCCUACGAGACGCAGUUAAGUGCGAGUGCGCGUCGUAACCCGUAUAAUUUUGUAUUUUUUUUUUAUUAUUACGCAGUAGGUAGGUAUAUAUGGGUUGUGUUAUUAUUAUUAUUUUAUCAUACGUGAUUUUCCACGGACGUCUGAACAGAGUGUAUAAAUGGUACGCGUCGACUAGACGAAGAAAAACGUCUAUAAAAACCAAAAAAAAAUAAAAAAAAAAUACCGCCAGUCGACUACGCGAUCGUUGUACUAGUGCGUAAUAUCAUUUAAAUAUUAGUGUUGUUCGACGUUGCCGAGGUGUUGAACGCGUCUGUUACUCGCCGUGUACCGCGACACGCCCAUGCGUUUUAGUAGGUACACAUAUAAAUACACACGAUAUUUGUGCACACGACGACAACAACAACUACAAUAAUAAUAAUAAUAAUAAUAGUAAUGGGCAAUUAUUUAAUAACAUACGAAUUUUGGCGGUAUAGGGACGUAUACGGUCGUGAUUAAAGAACGAGUUAAACACGAUAAUAAUAUAAUAUAUUCGCAUAACACUCGGCGGAGCGACGACGAAUUCGCCUGCGCCGUCGUGUAACACGCGCGCGCGAAAACGAAUCUUCUUUCACCUACGAUCGUCCAACGCCCCGGAAAACUUAAAGCGGUUAAAACUAUAAUAUAUUUUAUCGUACAAAGUAUACGAACCUAAUCCGCCGAUUAUCGACUUUGAAGUUUUUCAUACGCGCACGAGAGAGUUUCCUUUGCAAAACGUUUCAUCCCAUUCUAUGUUAUUUACAUACAUAAUAUAAUAUUACGGUGGUUAAUAUUCACGGGACGCGCCGGCCCCGUAAAAAGUUACACGAGUUAUUUCCGUGUUUUAAUACGAUCGGUGUUUUAAUAAUUUCGCAAUAAUUACAAUACCACCGCUUUGAGUGCGGAUAAAUAAAUUACGUAGUUAAUUUUCGAAUUUUUCCCUUUGACUCGAUACAUAAUAUUUUACAUAUACUUAUAUAUAUAUUAUUAUGUACGGCGCGCAACGCGUCGUGUUAUAAUGCGAAAAUCAAAAAAACACUUCUCCUCCGUUUUAUGUUCAAUAUGAAUUUUCGAUUUUUACCCUAAAGGUAUCUACCUACAUUUUAAUAAACCGUUUUGUGUUCAACAAACACUUAUAACGGUUCCGCGCGUUUUGAAAACGCACACUAUAUAAUAAUAUUGUAUGGGGUACCAUCGUCCUGCUCAUUAUACGGCGAUAGGGACUAGGGAUCGUGAUUGGUUCGGUUUUCGGUGUAAUAAACAUUUUACAACGAUCGCGUGGCAAUUGUUGCCCCGAAAUAUACCAUGAAUACAUAUUAUUAUUUAUUACAUAUCACGUUGUGGGGAAAACGUACGAGUUUACACGAGCGUUCCACUCGCAGUGCGAUUAUACAAACGAGAAUAACGUAUUUUUAGCGUGGCAUUUAAUUUUGGUGUACACAUGUAAGUAGAAGUUAUAAAUAUUUUUCUCAUUGACUUUGAUCGAAUAAGGAUUCUUUUAUUGUAUCGUACGAUAUUAUAUUAUAACACACUUUAGGAAAUGCUGCGUUUGUUGAUUGUGUGUGACCACGUAUUUUGAUAACGUCGGCCCCUUGUGUGUUCAACUCCAAACUAGGUUAAUUGUGAAAUGCAUCUGGUUUAAAAAAGUGUAUUCUUCUUUGGCGUUGUCAAAAUGCUACAAUCCUUGAGUCUUUGUGCUAGAAAGUUAGAUCGAGCUUAAAAAGGUGGUGUAGGUGGAAGGGGGAGAAAGAACAUUUUUUUUUUAAAUAAUCGAGAAAAAUAGAAAAAAACGGUGGUACUCGUUCUGAUGUAUCGAGUGUACCUUAUAAUUGAGUAGAUGAUGUAUUAAAUUAAAAUUCAAUGAUAAAUCAUUACAUACAAAAUCGAUUCUAAUUAGAUGCGGUCUGUCAAUCAAAAUAUAUUAUUAUAAUAUAUUUAUAUACUAAUUAUGUAUUAAAUGAGGUAAUUUGUUUUUCAAUUAGUAACGCGGUAAAUUUAAUUAAUUUUCACCAAAAACACAUAUUGUAUUAUGUUCUAUAAAAUGUAUUUGUUUUAAGCAACUAGUUAUUAGACGUUGAAUUUUUAAUUUUUUCAAAUUAUUUUAAUUUAAUUUAUUCUAUACAAUGUCAUGUACAUCAUAAAUUAUUUAUAUAUUAAUUUUUAAGUCUAUACUAACCCAGAUACCGUAAAAGAUCACGAGUAAGUUCUUGGCAUGAUAAUAGUUUAAAAUUAAUUAUAACAUUUUGAAAAUAUCUUUGUGGGUAGCAAAUAUAAAUAUAUGUAAUGCCGAAAAAACCCAAUAAUUAAAAUCGUUUUUUUUCCUUAUUCAAAUAUUCAAAAAUUUGUCAAAAUUGUAUAUUUCUAAUUUUAUAUUUAUUUAGAUAGUCCAAUAAUCAAUUCCUCGUACAUCGAAUAAAUUAAUCCCUUGUCGAGUGGUAUAGAAAUUAAUUAUUUAAUAACUCGUAUAAAGUAUUCAUGAGUAUUGACCGUUAUUAUAUCUGAUAAACAGUAGCCGGUGUACGGUAGUUGUAAUAUUGUUGAUUGUUACGAUGACAAUUUUAUUGAAAAUGUAUUAUAGUAUUAAACGUUUCAAUAUAAUACAUACAUAUUUUUGGGAAAUUUGUGUUUAAUUUUUACCUCUACGCUUCUGCCUUCUCGACAUUACUUAGAGCAUUACGAUUUGAGACAUAAUUUAUGGUACAAAAAUGUAUUAAACUAGAUAAUAGAUUCUAGUAUUUAAUUAUGUAUAUAAAAACUAUCUACGAAGUAUCUAAACAAAUUAUACAUUAAUAUCAAAAAAUAUGUGAAGAGAUAAUAAUACAGAAAAACGAAUAAUUAUAUUUUAAAACUAAACAUAUAGUUUAUGGUUUAUAAUCAGAAAACAGGUGAGUGUAAGUAAUACUUUUUAUUCUUUUAAAAUAUAUAAUAAUACGAUUAUUAUAAUAGUUAUGCGUGUUAUUAUAGAGCGUAUGCCGAACAUAAUAAUCUAUAUAUCUACGUAAUAUUAUAGUGUAUAUAUAAGUACUCGUUCAAGUGAUAGAUGCCGAUAUGGGAUGCGUAUAUGUUAUUAUUAUAUCAACGUAAUGAUGUAUUAGGUUAACUAAUCUAAAUGAUACAUUAGAUGAAAACCUAGGCAAUUAAUAAGUUCAAGCCCCCUCGGCACGUACCACGCGUGCCGAAUCAGCCCACCCAAGUCAAACGACAUUGUACGAGUGAUGCCGUUAAAAUGUGAGGUUAAAUAGUGGCAAUAAUGUCUGAGUAUAAAUGAUGAAAAAUAAUAACCAGAGGUUACAUUGAGUAAAGUUAUUAUAAAUAAGCAUUCUGUAUCUGCUAUGAUUGCACUAUAUAUUUUUCUGUUUCAGUAAUAAGCGCCAGAAGUAUGUGCUCAUUUGAUAUUGUUGUAAUAUUGGUCUUAUUGUGUGCGAUUAAUACGAUUAUGGUUAUUAUGAUAUUGUAUAUUUAUUUUGUACUUAAAUUUUUUGAAAUUGGUAAGAAUUGAAUUUUUUGAUUUGUGUACCUAUAUAGUUGUCAUUGUAUAAUAAUAACGUAGUGAAAUCAUAUAAAACAUAUUUUUAAAUAAAUAACAAUAUUGUUAAAUAAAAAAUAAUAAUGCUUACAUAUUUUUUGGGAAAUGUGUGUUUAAUUUUAACCAAAUGCAGGUAUCUGUUAAUUACAUAAUAUAUAUAUUAAGAAAAUUGUUUUUAUUUUUCACUCUGUUUGUUUACACAUUAGUUUGCAUUUUACUGGCUUAAGUGGGUAGAAAUACAGACGUUCUUAAAAUAUAUACUAUAUAAUAUAUAUUCAUUUGUGAGUAUCUUUUCGUGUAAAAAAAUUCUAAAUUGUUUUCAAAAUCGUUAUAUUAUAAGAAUUAAAAUACAUUAUAUUUGGUGCACACGUGAAGUAUGGAAAAUGUAGUCUUAGAGUACUUCUUGGGUUACUAAUGUAAAUGAAAAAUACUAGUGUAUUCAACGCGAAUGGACACAUUGAGUGAAAUCGUCUAGGUAAUACGAUGAUUUAUCAAUAAAACAUAUUGUAUGUAAAAAAAUAUAUAAAAUACAUUUAGUAGGUACUUUAUGUAUUUAUAAUUAAUAAACUGUGACUAUGACGACCAUUAGUACGUAUAAAAAAAUAUUCAACGAGUUAUUGCUAAAAAUACGAGUAAUUGAGUCUGUUUAAUAAUAUAUAAUUUUUUCCUUUUAUUUAUUUAUUUAUUUUUUGUCAAAAACGACAAUUAUCGCGUGCUCUACUUGAAACCGUAAAAAAUGUAUACGUACGAAAAAAAAAGGAGUGAUUACGGCAGACAAUGCCGAUUCCACAACACUGGGCCAACAAUGAUGAUAGAUAUGAUGCCAGACCUCAGCUUGGAGGAAGAUUGGAUACAGAGGAAUCCUGUUGACAAGACCACUAUCGAAACCAUCAAAUGGUCGGAACACGAGGCCAAUACGAUACGCGUGAAGUAUGUGAAUCGCGGAAUUUUACAUAGGGAAGGCGGCUGGCCGGUUGACGUACACCUGGACGAUCCGGAACAAGUAUCCAGAUUCAAGCGGAAAGCGGAAAAGGAUAAACUGUAUUUAGAAUCGGUUAAGACGUUGUCAGUCCUCACCGAACACUUCAUAAGACAAAACAAUGCAAUAGAUAUAUUCCAACCAUACUUUACCGAUCCAAAAACUAAAGAAUUUCGAACACAACUUCCGUCUCAUCAGACGAUGGCGAUAUUGUUAGACCCGUGCGAUUCGGUGAGACCGGUACGUAACAUAUCUUGGUCGUCGGAAAACAGCACGCACAUUGCGGUCAGUUACUCCGAAAUGAGAUUCCAUAUGGACGAUCCGAAUAACAGUCCUAACUCCUACGUAUUUGACACGGAGAUGUUUACCUUUCCAUAUUUUACGAUGGAGUCACGAUGCCCGAUCACUAAUAUUAAGUUCCACCACAGAGACGGACAACUACUCGCUGGUGGCUUAAUGAAUGGUCAGGUCGCGUUGUGGGACAUGCGAAACAGUUUUAAAAAUAUUGGCAUCAGUGAAAUAAGAAAUGGUCAUAACGAUUCAGUACUUAGUCUUCAAUGGAUUCAAUCCAAGACUAACUCAGAAUUUAUGACAGCUUCCAGAGAUGGUCAGAUCAUAUGGUGGGAUAUCAGAAACCUCAAAGAAUCUACGGACAAAUUGAUCUUAGAUUUAUCGAGAACUGAAGAAGAACCGGGAUGGAUUCAAUCGGGCCGGACUGAUGGAGCCACUUGCUUGGAAUACAAUUUUUCGAUUCCAAUACGCUUCGUGAUUGGCACAAGCCAUGGAAAGGUGUUUGAUGGAAACCGUAAGGGCAAAACAGCGUCUGAAAAACUACCAUUUACAUAUAAAUGCCAUCCUGGCUCCAUACGUGCAUUGAGACGUAAUCCGGGGUAUUUAAAAAACUUUUUAACCGUCUGCAAUUGGCAGGCAACUAUAUGGUCAGAAGAGGUAAAGGAAUCACCCAUAAUGUGGACUAAACAUCACAAUGAAAGAUUAACCGACGGCCAAUGGAGCAAUUCAAAGAAUUCAGUUUUUUAUUUGACUAGAUCCGAUGGGUUCAUGGAAUGUUGGGAUAUCUUACAGAACCAACAAGAUCCGAUACUUUCAAUUAAGUUGGCCGACAAGAAAUUAAAUUGUAUUACUUGCCAUGAAAACGGAACACUGUUAGCCGUCGGUGAUGACUGUGGUAAAACACGCGUGGUUGAAAUGAACGAUUGGUUUGUGACUCCCGGACCAUAUGAUAGAGUUCGAUUGACAGCUAUGUUUGAUAGGCAAAGUAGACUAGAAAAGAUCAGGGAAGGUAAAAACCGUGAACAAAAAACUAAAAUAAAUUUCAAGUCAACUCAUAAUAACGAUGAUUCUUGGAAAAAAUCUGAAUUAUUAAAUACUGCAGCUGGGGAGAGAGAUAUAUCCGAACUCGUUGAAAAAAUGUUUCAGUGCCAAGAUUCGCUUAAUGAAAUGACUGAAGAUGAUAUUACGGAAGAAGUUACAUCGGAAGAAUUUGCAACUGAAGAAUAAAAAAACUGGAUAUUUUUUUUCCAUUUAAUUAUCUGGCUAUUAGAUAUUGAUUUAUAUUAGAUACUUACCAAUAUAUAAUAUAAUAAUCAUAUUCUCAAAAUAAUCUAAUUUUAGAUUAAUUACCUAAUUAGAUUCAUAAAAAUUGUCAGUAUAAAUAACUGUGAUCAAUCUGUAAAUUGUUCAAACUGUUUAAUAUUGAUAAUAAUAAUAAUCAUGUUAUUUUUU